UCUCGUACAAAGUACAAACUUUGACAAUUUGGCAGUCUGCGCAUUGCGCAAGUCAACCAAUGACACGAUAGAGUUUUUAGUCUGUUCUCGUUCGCUUCAUCACUCAGAAAUUGAACAUUCCAAAGGCCGGUCUCAUCCUUCUCGGUGUUCUUUGUUACUGUUCGCCGCACCUUAUAAAAACACAAAAAUGCUGUCUGCUGCUAGAUUGAUCGCCCCUGCAGCCAGGUCUGCUAUCUUCAGCAACACAGCUAUUGUGAGGCCACUCACAGCAGUUACCUCCCAGACACAAAUGGUGCCUGCAGCCCCUGCGCAGCUCUCAGCUGUCCGCACCUUCCAGACCACAUCGGUUACAAAAGAUAUUGACUCAGCUGCUAAAUUCAUUGGUGCUGGUGCGGCGACAGUAGGAGUAGCUGGCUCUGGUGCGGGUAUUGGAACAGUGUUUGGUUCUUUGAUCAUUGGGUAUGCCAGGAAUCCAUCUCUAAAACAGCAAUUGUUCUCAUAUGCCAUCUUAGGCUUUGCCUUGUCCGAGGCUAUGGGUCUUUUCUGUCUUAUGAUGGCCUUCUUACUGCUCUUCGCUUUCUAAAUUAAUUAACUAUAAGAACACUACUACUGCCAUCCUAGAAGGUUUCAGUGUAUAACAUCAAGAGUGGACGGCCAUGGAAUAGAAUGUGUGAAACCUCACCCUCAUAGUGGUGUAAGGACAUUAGUGUAAAUGUGUUACACUUCCCAGUGCGUCAUCAGGAAUGCAAUUUAUUUAAUUACUACGUAGUAUAUAAAAUCUGAAAUAAAAAUGUUAUUCAUAGACAUUCAUUUAUUCAUAUUCCUGGUUUAUUUAAUGUAGACUUGUUAAUCAUGUUGAACAUAAUCUCGCAGUAUAAUGUGAAAAGUUGAUGAUAAUAUUUGAUGCCAGUCAACAUUUGCGUGUUGUUUCAUUGACUUGGCAUAUUUAUGCUGUUUGGGGAUGUCAGCGUAUGUACUGUACAUUUUUAGGGCGAUAUUAAAUGAUACAAAUAUUUCA